UAUCCAUGUACCUGCCCAAGUGUAUUUUAAAUGCUGUUAUUAUACUUACCUGGGCCACCUCGUCUGUGCAGAAUGUUUUAUUUCACCUGGAAGCUGCCCUUUGCGUCUUUCACAUUCAUUGGGCAUUGCCAGACUGUGCACCUCCUCCAUCUCCUCCUCCCCUCUCCGUCUCUCGCUGGCUCAGGGACAGUUGCCUUAGACAGCUGUGUUUCUGGCAGAUUUCACCGUCCCCCCGGGAGUGGGGAUUGAAGCUGCGGAGAAGAGACUCGGGUAGCGGGAUGGCUGCAAGUUACGCAUGGAAAAUUGCUUUCAAGACACUGCAAACUAAAGCUGGCUGGUAUGUUUGCAAUGGGAAUGCAAGAUAUUUUCAUAGUUUAUUGUCAAGGACUGUGAUGAAGAUUCACCCAUCCAGCUGUAUCAUUCCCUACUGGCAACAGGCCUGUAGGAUGCCGCCUCUAAAAACCUUUACAACUGGCGAGGAUGAGCCUGAGACAGUGCAGCACAAGAUCAAAACAGACCCAAGAGCACGGAGAGCAAUAGGAAGCAUUGGUAGAAAAAUUCGUCAUCGCAUCAUUCACAUAAUAGAUGAAAAUGGAGAAAAUCUGGGGAAUCAGCACAGGGCCGACGUUAUUCGCAUGAUGGAUGAGCGUGGCAUCAAAAUUGUGCCUCUCAACGAAAAUGCAGAUCCUCCAGUGUACAAGCUAAUGACAGGAAAACAGAUUCACGAGGAACAAAUGAAACUCAGAGAAAAACAGAAGGCCAAACUCAAAACUGGAGCUUUCCAAAUAAAGGAACAGACUUUCUCAGCUGAUAUUGCAAAGCAUGACCUACAAACAAAAAUUAAACAUAUCCAGCAGUGGGUUGAAAAGCAUCACCAUGUUCGGAUUACUGUUCGAAAAGGAGCUGCUACAGAUAAAGUAGAGGAAAUGGAAUCAUUGCUGGAUCAAGUUGUUCAGUCCAUGCCAGAUAAAGCUACCUUCAUGUUGAGACCAAAGAUCAUUAAAGAAGGGAAAGCAGUUAUGUGUGUUCUGCGGCAUCUGUCUGAAAAAGAAAUGAAGAAAUUGAAUCAAAGUGAAGGCUGAAUCAGACUGCCUAAAAGGGUCAUGUAUAACAGAAUGGCGGUCCAAACUUUGCUGCAAGAAAAAAAGUGGUAAUAUUUUAACCAUCUUACAUUAUCGGUUUAGUCAAAGCAUGCAUGCCAUUCAAAAGAGAUUUAAUCCAUAAAGUGUUCAUAAACCAAUACAUAUAUAAAUUAGCCAACACUUAUAGCCUUCUAGAAUUUACAGCAAAUUUUUAAAUGAGAAUUAAUUAAUAAGGUAACAUUCACACCAAAAGUUAAGUUUCUAUGUGGUCAUUUUUGGUGUGCUGUACUUAAAUUCAACUGUACUUAAAUUCUGAGGAAAUGAAACUGGGCAGGUAGUAGAAUUGUUAGUGGGGGAACACUUUGGGAACAGUAAGAGACACACUGGCAGAAAGUAAAUUGGAAGCAGAUGCUUGUGAGUAACACUACAUCUAGCAAUUAGAUGUUAUUUGAAAAGUGUCACCAAGAUCUUAUGAUUAAGGCGGCACGGUGGCUACUGCCUUACACCGCCAGAGACCCGGGUUUGAUCCCGAUUAAGGUGCUUGUCUGUAUGGAGUUUGUACGUUCCUCCCAUGACCUGCAUGGGUUUUCUCCGAGAUCUUCGGUUUCUUCCCACACUCCAAAGACGUACAGAUUUGUACGUUAAUGGGUUUGGUAUAAAUGCAUACAAAAAAGUAUCUAAUGUGUGCAGGGUAGUGUUAAUAUGUGGGGAUCGCUGGUCAGUGCAGACUCAGUGGGCGGAAGGGCCUGUUUCCGCACAGUAUCUCUAAACUAAACUAAAUUAGGGCCAAAUGGAUAUUGAACGUUUGAUCAGAAUUUUUUUUUAAAUGGAUGCACAUGGCAAGUCGUGUCAACUGGAAUCAAGCAAGUCUCUUGAGAAAUAUAGGUAUAGGAGAGAAUUUAAAAAAACUGAGAGCAAAGAAAAGUAACUUUGUUUAUUAUCUACAGUGCCCUCCAUAAUGUUUGGGACAA